GGUGAAGGUCCUCGUAUAUAAGCCACCGUAUACACCUAUAAUAGUCAGUGCAACUCGAGCAAUUUUGAAACAUUCAGAACCACGAGAUGACAAUGGCAUUACAAGCUUUUUUAUUCGUACUGGCGACGACGGCGGUCACGGCUAGGCCUUCGUUUUACGAAGGCCAUGGUCUUGGGCCAGAUGAGUCCAAACUCAUCUCACAGUCGGUGCAUCUGCACGAAGUGCCGACCAAGGUGAUCAAGGUCACCAAGACAGUAGCUAUCAAGGUCCCCGUGCCGUAUCCCGUUAAGGUGCCUCAUCAUAUCCCAUUUCCAGUGCCUGUAAAACAACCUGUGGCGAUCCCAGUACCACAGAUAGUGAAAGUACCACAACAUGUGCCGAUACCGGUGCAGAAGCCAUUCCCGGUGGAGGUGCAUCAACAGGUGCCGUUCCUGAUAUCUAAACCGGUGCCUAUACCACAUCCGGUGCCGGUGCCCCAUCCGGUUCCUUUGAGUAAGCCAGUCUUCAUCUCGGUACCGAAGGUAAUCACGAUCCCACAAUCAAGUCAUAGCGAAGGUGGCAUUACUGGUAUUGGAAACGAUCAUGCUGGUCAUGAGACGGUCAACUAUAGCUCUUAUUCAGUCAACGUUCAAGAUCAUGGAACGGACGAUCAGCAAAACGGCAAUCAAGCCCAUUUUCAAUCUUCCCCGUCCGACUACUCGGCGGAUCAUUAACUUUCGAAAUGCGACAGGUUGGCCGAUUAUGGCGGUGUGGGUUUCUGUUGAAAGGCUGAAAGGAAAAGUACAUACAUCAAGAAAUCAAUCAUUGGAUAUGAUAGCGCGAGCUGAUCACUUUGAAAGUGAUUUAAAACAGAUAUGUUAAAAGAGUUUUAAGUAGAACAAAAAAUACGAGCAAAUGAUGAUGUGAUUUCUUUUGAAAAAUUAAUUUAUUUCAUUUUCAAAAUGAAUGAUCCGAUAAUGUAGCAUUUUCUAAUAGUGUGUGUGUCAUUUUAAUAAGCAUUAUUUAAAAGAGAAUAGAAAAUCGAUAAAAAAUUUGAUAAGGAAUUAAUUUCAUUUUUUAAAGUAUACAAAUUUAUAUAUGAAAUACUAAUCAAAAUUCCGAUUAUAAUAUUAAUUAUAAAAAUUUUUAAUUUUUAGAUUUAUCUUCAGGGGAAUACAUAUGCAUAAUUGGCAAAUGUCACAUUAUAAUAAUUAUAUUUAGGUGCAAUUUAUUGACUAAUGACAAAAAUAUUCUCAAAUUUUUAACUCUUUGAAUUGUAACAUUUUUAAUUGAUUUUAGAUGAAGAGAAAAAAAGAAUGAUAGCAAAGAGAAAAAUAUAAUAAUGAUUUUUUUCUUUUAUGCUAUUAUUUUUAUCAAAGUUACUAUUUACAGAAUUGAAACACCUUUGACCAUUGAUUAUUAAGAAUUGAAUUGAGAUUAUAUAUUCUUGUACAUAGAUUAUUUUAAAUAGAUUUUUUUUUUGAAAAAUGUUAA